GGCUGGGUCUCAACCUGGGGUUCUUGAAAUAGCCGCAUCUCCAGCGACGCUGUCAAGGUAUGGAGCUUGUCGAGGAACUUGUGCCCUAUGUCGUGCUCCUUCUUAACUGUGGCCUAUUUGGACUUAUCCGGAGGCUAGCCUUCCAAGUAACAUCUAAGCGAUGGUAUCUCGUAGUGACAGAAUCCAUAGCUACGUGGGAACUCUGUGCAGACGUCGCUGAGCUUGGUGUUGUGUACGAGAGGCAUGGCAUUAUCUUGUAUGCCAUAGCCCUACUCGCCUGCUGUGUGUGGUGGUGCAAAGUAUUCGGUGAUGCGGAAGCUUGUCCCUGUGGACCCAUAGAAGACAUGCUUUUUGGCGUCGGUGAUGGAGACUACAAGGCACGCCUCGCGGGAGAACUUAUAGGGGCCAUAUUCACGGCACUGUAUAUCCGGGGGAUAUGGUCCUUGCAGCUCAUCAGGGAACACGAGACACUCGCCACAACAGUGUGCCAGACAUCACUGGCGGUGACGGUAAGGAAGGGGGCAUUCAUCGAAGGCAUCAUCACCUGUAUAAGUCGCUUUGUCGCCAUGCGAUCCACGUACUGGAAGCCCAACGUUUCCACUGCCAUCAAUUCCAUUACUACAGUCAUACUCGUACUUGCAGCUCUGACAACCACUGGUGGCUACUUUAACCCAAUCAUGGCAUCUGCCCUGAUGCUUGGUUGCGAGGGCAACACUCUGAUGGAACAUUUCCUAGUUUAUUGGUUGGGGGCACUCGUAGGCGGUUUCUUUGGUCACUAUUUACAUUUCAGGCUUGAGAUUGCCAUCAAAGAGAAGUGUGCGUGAUUACACAAUUGAGGGCAUUAAAAGAUUAUUUUAAAAAGCAA